AUGGAAAAAAAAAUCAAUACAUUAUGGAACUGGUGGAAGGAUAUGGAAGAAAUAAAUACUGAAGAGAAUGAAAUUCUUUUGACAGUAUAUAAGACAAUUAAUGAAGAAGUAGUGGCAAGGCAAAGCAGGUUGGAGAAACAAAUUGAACACAUGGGAAGAAUACUAAUUGAACUAUUGAAAAAUAAGCAGUUAACAAUUAUUAAAAAGAAACAAUAA